AUGCAAGUUACCGGCGACUCGAAAUCGCUACAUGUAGGGGACAGGAUUUACGAGCACGUCGUGAGAUUCUCAUCCGAGUACGAUGUUUUGAUCUUCAUUAAGUUAAUGAGCAUGUCUUUAAGAUGGGAGACUAUAGGACAACCGGACGAGUCUUUGAGCAGAUGGUCUCCAAGUUUUGAGCAGAUGGUCUCCAAGGACUUGGAUUCUAGGAACACGUUUGCCUGGGUUUUCUCGAGACUCGUGGAGGAAAAUGGAGAUUCUACAAAACCGGACGAGACGACUUUCUUGAGUGUCCUCAAGGCAUGCGAAAGUCUAGGCGCGGUAGAGAAAUGA